AUGGGUAAUGAUAAAGACCUUCAAAAAGGGAGCACUGCCAUGAGGACGAAAGAGAGGAGAUCACCAAAAGAAACAGAAGAAGAUGUAGAAGAAGAAGAUGACUGCUCCAAGCGAGGAUUGAAGAGUCUACUCCCUCGACCACCACCAGGCACCCUUCAUUCGAAACCUUUGGCCAACCGAUCUCCACUGCCCCAAACCUCUUUAACCUUAACCCAUUAUCAUCACCUCUCAAUGGACCUCUCUUUCACUUGUUACCCACAAACACCACCUUUUAUCGUUAACGACCGUCACCAAACAUCAACUUCUUCUUUAGUAUCACUAGCAAAAUCGGACUCAUCGUAA